CUUCUGAUCCAAGUAAAUUUCAAUUACCUAAAUACGCUACAACAAAUUUUGCUAAUUCACCAUUCAAGGAGUCAACUGAAUUUGUGCCCGACAAAAUUACUCAAUUCUCAAUAGAACGUUCUUGCGAUUUCAUUAAGAAUUACACACUUAAUGAAAACACACCAAAUAAAGCAGAGGACAAAUCUUUUCCAAAGGCUAUUAAUGCUAUUGCAAUUACUCCUAAUUGUGAUGUUAAAGAGUUAGAUGAGAAAUUUCUUGAAUGUUUAAAGUGGGAGACUAUUGGUGUUGUCCCGGAUUUAGAAGUUGAAGCUUGA